CCAGCGAGGUCAUUGUCCAGUUUGUAUACUUGAAGUGUAGCUUUCAAUGACCUUGCUGCCAAGGCGCUGGCGCCCUGAGCUGGCUGGAUCUCACUCCAGCAGCACCCAUGACCAUUCUCCAUUCAGCCGAAAGAUCUCACAAUGGUGACCACGAGACGAGGCUCAUCUGCAUUGAAAUCACCCAGAGGAAAGGCAAAGAGGGCCGAGGAGGACGCAACGUCGGUUGGAACUCCAGGAAGCAAGGGAAGUGCUAGCAGCUCUAGCAGUAGGCCUGGAUUAUCAUUCACGGUUCAAAAGGUUGUGGCAAAAGAUAUCCAAAGGCAAGUCGGUGGUAUCCAUCAUAUCAACAAGCUCGGAGAUCGGUAUCUGGAGAAGCUCAUAGCAAAGACGAGCGAAAAGAACAAGUCUGUCUACGGUGAGCCAGCUAGUAACAUUCGAAGGCAGAUAUCAAACAAGAUCCAGCGGUGGAAAAGGCUUGACAAGCAUCAGUGGAACUCGAAGGUACUGCUUAAGUUUGGCAUCGAUACUGAUCCCGGUUCAGAUUCCUCUGAAGACAGCAGCUUGACCUCAGACGAAGAUCAAGAAGCAGGCCAACCACCCAUUCCACAGGAGAUUUCCACGGAGAAGGACAGCAGCAAGAAGGUUGCUGCAAAGCCUGAGAAGGGAUUUAAAAAGCCGCUCACUACGCCUAAGGCCAAAAAAAAGCCGCUCAGUACUCCAAAAGCUUCGGCAAAGAAGGCUGAGAAGAAACCAUCGCCUAUCCCAGAGGACUUGCCAAGCAGUUUUGCUCAACCUGGAAUCAUGAGAAUCGAGAAUCCCACCACUGCUAAUGGGCCCAGUACGAUCUAUAUUUGCUUGUUUGACUUGCAUCCUCGUCGCUCUUGCUUUCUGUUUGUUCUUAACAUGUUCUUUGUUCUAGUUUGCUUCAAGGUCAACACCACCCACCCAGAAAGGAACUGUCCUUUCUUUGUGUUGGAUGUUGGCCAGACAGUUGAAGGUGUUGGAGAAAAGAAAGGUCGCAUGUACUACGGCUACUUUAUCUUUCUCAAGGUUGAUAUUCGUUUCGUGAUCGAUGAUCCCACGAAGGAGAUGUAUAGGGGACGAUUGCUUACCACUGAUACGGUACAGUUGAAGGUUCCUGCUUGGGACUACAACAUGCUGAACUGCCGUGAUGAGCUUGCGGCAAACAACAAGCUAAUGGACAAUUUUCGAGACUCUCUCGACGACGCUCACGACAAGUAUGGCGACGACGAGGAGAAUCGUUUUUUCUCUGUCUACCACAUGAAGUUUGAGGAUCAUCAUUUGUCUUCCAAAGUCAUCUACCCAGAAGCGGGAGAAGAUGAAAUCCUUGGCAUGGAUAUCAUCGACGUGAAAUGGAAGCAUACCAAAUCGAAGACGCAGGGCACCGACGUGUACGCCCGCUGGAUUGUUGUUCGCACGGAUCUAGAGUCUCGCAAAAAGGGAAAGCGAGAAGAAGAGAAGAAAAAAUUGGAUCCGGUUGCAGAGCAGCUGAAGGCCCUCGGGUUGGGAGACAGCAUUGAUACCAUCGUUGCUGCUCCAGUGCCGUCUCCGCCUCCGGUUCCAGCUCCACCUCCGGUUCCAGCUCCGCCUCCGGUUCCAGCUCCGCCUCUGGUUCCAACUCCCAUUCCGGCUCCAGCUCCCCCAACGUCCUCUGGCGGUUUCAGUAUUGGCUCCUCUUUUGGCAACCUUGCGGCUUCUUCCUUAGGACGUGCACUCGGCGUCGGUGUAACUGCUGGCGUGACUUCACAAGAAAACGCGAUGAUGGCAGGUUCGGAAGAGGGAGACGAUGAGGGAGACGACAGUAGCGAAAAUUAUUUUGACUACGACCAAGAUGAUGAGGAGGAUCCAAUGAAAAAGCUCGAGGACGCUGCUGAAGAACUGUUCGGCGAUAUGGAUGGAAUUGUCAACACGGACUCAAAGAAACGAUCAUUGGAUGACGACGAUGACAACGAACGCGACAGGGAAAUUCUUUAG